AGUAACUUAAACCUGAGCUCUGGAGCGCAUGUCUUCCAGAGCGUUCGAGCCCGAGGAUGGAGCCAAACCUGCGGACAACCACUGCGUCGUCACCCUGGUGGACCAUCGUCGUCCUCCUCUCAGUCUCCACACUCACACAGAGCCGGUUAGUGCAGAACACCAGCCCCACCUGGACACCCAGCUACACCCAACAGCAGCAGCAGCAGAGCCCGGUGAUGGGGGUGACGGUGAGGCGGCUGGAGAUGAGGGUGACAGGGCUGGAGAUGAUGGGGCUGGAGAUGAGGGUGACAGGGCUGGAGAUGAUGGGGCUGGAGAUGAGGGUGAGGCCACUGGAGAUGAGGGGGACGGGACUGGAACUGAGGAUGCUGGAGCUGAGGUUGAGGCGACUUGAGAUGAGGGGGACAGGACUGGAACUGAGGGUGCUGGAGCUGAGGUUGAGGCGACUUGAGAUGAGGCUCGGUGCGCGGCCUCGGCCUGUGGUGCUCCGGUGCCACCCGGACUCCAUGGAGGUCGUGGUCCAGGCGGACUUGUUUGACACGGGCCUCCAGGUGGACGGUAGACACCUGCGGCUGGGUUCGGAACCAGCAGCCGAAUACAGUGCGUGUAGCGCGGCCCCGUCAGGAAAGGCUGAAUUCACCAUCUGGGCCCAUCUCAUGGACUGUGGCACCAAACUCUCAUCUACCAAAGAGAAGAUCAUCUAUUCUACUAUCCUUGUCUACUCACCUGAAACUCCCCCUGAUGGUUUGCAUCGGUUGGAUGGUGCAACAAUUCCAGUUGAAUGUCAUUAUGAAAAGAGGUAUGCUCUGGAUGGCAUUUCUCUGCAGCCCACCUGGAUUCCUCUCGUCUCCACGACCUCGGCUGAGGACCAUAUCGCUUUCAAUCUGCGUAUCAUGACUGAGGACUGGCAGUUUGAGAGGGCAUCUUACUCAUAUUUCCUCGGUGACCCCAUUCACUUUGAAGUCUCGGCCAUCCCUGGUAACCACGUGCCCCUCCGAGUCUAUGUUGACCAAUGUGUUGCCACAGCAACUCUUGAUGCAGAGGCAAAAAUAAAAUAUGGCUUUGUUGAGCGUUAUGGGUGCCUUACUGACGCUUACCUGACAAACUCCAGCUCCCAUUUCCUACCGAGAGCUAAGGAGCACCAGCUGAGAUUUCAGCUGGAUGCCUUCAAGUUCUACCAAGAGCCCAGAAACCAGGUCUACAUAACCUGCUAUGUGAAGGCUGUUCCUGUCACAUCAACUGUCAGCGCACAAAACAGGGCCUGCUCUUUGAUUGAGAACAGAUGGAGGUCGGUCGAUGGGAAUGACCAGGAAUGUAGAAGCUGCGACAUCUCCCACCGGAUCGAGGAGCCUCCACUCACAGAGGCCCCCGACGCUAUCGGCUGGUCCAACAUGAUUCCUCAGGAAGGUUCAGUCCAGAACAGACCCGGACAACCUCCAGCCACUUACAUGCACCUGAGGCCACACGACAAACCUCAUCAAUCCUCUGCUAGAUUAAUGAAGAGAGGAACAGAGCAGAAAGCAGAAGGAACUCUACAGCUGGGACCCCUCACUGUGCUCCCAUCCAGAAAAUAUGUAUCAAGUCCAACAAAUUCAAGAACUGUGCUUUCACUAAACAAGACUACCUGACAUCGAGGGUGGCACACUGGAACAAUGAUUCCGUUGCUGUGAACAGGAUACACAUCAUCAUUUGACUGUCACCUGACUUGAGAUCAUGUUUCCUGGGAACUUUUCUUUCAAGAAUUUUCAAUCCAACCACUUUUUAUGUACUUCAAACUGUAUUUUUGUGCCAGUUGUGUUUUCUGUAAAAAUGUUAAACACUUUUUUUUUCCAAUAACUGUUUUACCACAUCAAACUGGUGCUUUUUAUUUUAUCUGCCUCGUGUGAGAACACGAUCAUUUUCUCCAUGAUGUGAUAUCUGAUCUUUACAAAAUUCGACAUCCUGUAGUUCUUGGCCGAGAACUCGAUAUGGCCUCAGCAAACAAUUUAAUUUGUAAUGGAUUUUAAGCACUCAGACUCAUUAGGCCCGAGCAGCAGAGGGAUGCGUUGUGUGUUUGUGUGAAACAUCCUGACAUCCACCGUGUAUAUUCACCAAACACAGUACAGGAUAUUUUGAACAGAGAACAGUAGACAUGCUAUUAGGGAGUACUUCCCUCCAUUACCACCCACAGCCUACUCAUCUAGUCGUAUAAUUGAUUAAUCAUUGCGAGGAAUAUAUAAAGGGAUCUAUAAUGAUUGCUUUGCCUGCCACAUCCAGUAAAAUCUGACCAAUUUCUUUGUAAUAAAGUCCUACUG